CUUUGUUUUUCAGACGGACCCACUCAGUCCCCGUGAGUGAACCUAUUCCCCUGCAUAAUAGUUUUAUAAUGAGGCCACAUCCCUCGACAGAUAACAUUUACAGUUGUUUCCAUGCUCCUCUGGGUCAAUAUCACUUCCCCAAAGAUAACACACACAGUGCACAGCUGUUGGCCACUUAAGAAUUUUGCAUGUUUGCAUGAGAGGGAGGAUAAUUCUCUACCAAAGAAGUCACCUGGUACAGCAUAUCUGUGUUGACACGGUCGAGCGGCCGGCAGUGCGUCAUUGACCGUUCACAAGAUGAAUCUCACCCAGUCCGAAGUGUGCUGCGCCUUCGACGCUCCCCUGCUGGACCAAAUUUUGCCUCCGAUCCUGAUCUUGGAGUUCAUGUUUGGGCUGAUGGGGAACAUCAUCGCCCUGUGGAUGUUCAUCUUCCACAUGGACGAGUGGAAGCCCAACGCCGUGUACCUCACUCACCUGGCUGUAGCCGACUCCAUCGUUCUGUUCUGCCUCCCCUUCAGGGCCGACUACUACAGGCGUGGGAAGAACUGGCUCCACGGUGAUGCUUUGUGUCGCAUCCUGCUCUUUCUGCUGGCUGCCAACCGUGCAGCGGGGAUCUUCUUCCUCACGGCUGUCGCUGUUGACCGCUACCUGAAGAUUGUCCACCCACGGAACCGGAUCAACCGAAUGGGUCUGGGCUACGCUCUCCUGGUCUCCCUCGGACUCUGGGGUCUGAUUUUUCUUGCCACAGGUUAUCUUCUGGCUAAUGAGCACUUCUUCUACAAUGCCAACCGUACACAGUGUGAGAGUUUCAACAUCUGCAUGGGCUUCAGUCCCCUGUCCACUUGGCACAACACUUUCUAUGUGAUCCAGUUCUUCCUUCCCACGGUGAUCGUCGCUUUCUGCACCAUCAGAAUCACCUGGCAGCUGAGAAACAGAACCUUGGACAAAAAGGGGAAAAUCAAACGGGCCGUUCAGUUUGUCUUGGCCGUGGCUUUAAUCUUUAUCAUCUGCUUCUUCCCCAGCACUAUAUCCCGCAUCGCCGUGUGGAUCCUGAAGGUAUGGUAUGAUGAAUGCAAAUACUUCGAAGAGGCCAACCUGGCGUUCUACACGUCGGUGUGUUUCACCUACUUCAACAGCGUCCUCAACCCUGUCGUGUAUUAUUUCUCGAGUCCUGCCUUCAGCGGCACCUUCAGAAAGCUCCUGAACAAGCUGCUGGGACGGGCCGACGACAAAGAGGAGUCAGAGUCUUCUGAGAAUGACAUUUCAACUGUUGAUGGUAGAAGGAGGAUAUAAAACCAGCUGCGGUUGUGUUUCCUGCUAAUAUUGUUGCAUUAAAGCAUAAUACGCCUUUAAAUCAGUGGUUACUGAUAAAGAAAUCUUAUUACUCAAGUGUGAAGACGUUUUGCUGUGCUUGUGAACGACACAUUUACCCAUCUGAAGUUAUAAUCAGCAGCUUUGUGCUGUGUACCUUCAAAUGUAUAACCCUUGUGAGUGUGGUAGCAACUUUUAAUGAGUCACUAUGAGCCUUUAAAGGGUAACUCCACCAAUUUCAUACAUUAAAGUGUGCUAACAGGCCUUUUAAAAAAAGUAGCUAUCUGAUAAAUUGCCUCCAGUGAUGCUGCUUUGAGUUGCAUUGUGGGUUAAUCCAGGUUUUGAACAGGAGGAAGAAAGUGUGGAGUAGAAAAGUUGAUAUCUCUGGUACAGUGGUAUAAGUUUUAAUUGUGUAUUUGUAAAUGAGUCCGACCUGGUACCUACAUUACCCACAAUGCAACUCAAACUGGAGGCAGUUUAUCAGAUGACAUGUGGCUUUCUCUGCUUUGUUUAUUCAUUUUUUUUUUUCAAAUAUGGGAUGAAUAAGGAUAAACACAGUACAAUAUCUGAAAUUAGUGGAGUUACCCUUUAACAAUGAAAAAUACUGGUUAACCAUGUAAUGCAAAUGCUUGUAAAGGUAACAAUUACUGUCAAAUAUGUGAUUUAACAUAUAAACAUUACGCUUUAUCUACGGAAGAGAGUUCAUAUAAUACUUUGAAAUGUCAAUCACAUCGACUGUGAACAGCAAACACUGAUUUCCAGCCAGCUAGUAAAACAAUAUUUACAGUGCAAAUCAGUGGACCAGCUGAAGGGAGGUGUAACAACUUCAGUCAAUCAACUUGUAAACAUCACAUCCAUUGCAAAGUGACAUUUCUCUGUAAUAGGAGGGUUAGUGAGCGUGCAGGUGAUUUGUAGAAACACUAUAAAAGCAAUGUAUUUUUUUCCCAUUUCUGUCUGUCAUAAUGUGUGCAUAAACUUCAAUUCACAUUA